UCCGUCUGUCGGUGCGGAGCGGCCAUGACGGCGCACAGCUUCGCGCUGCCGCUCGUCCUCUUCUCCGCUUUCUGGGGCCUCGUGGGCAUCGCCGCCCCCUGGUUCGUGCCCAAAGGACCGAACCGCGGGGUGAUCAUCACGAUGUUGGUCACCACCGCCGUGUGCUGCUACCUCUUCUGGCUCAUCGCCAUCUUGGCCCAGGCCAACCCCCUGUUUGGGCCGCAGCUGAAGAACGAGACCAUCUGGUAUGUGCGCUUCCUCUGGGAGUGAGCAGUCCCCCAGGAGCCAGCACCUGAGAAGAGACCCCCACCAAAAUC